UCACCGGGCACUUGGGUACUCGUCCAUGAGACCUGGUUGGACGCGCAACACGGAAACAAAGGCGUGCUUCACUGGUCGGGCCCAUAUGUCGUCCACGAACGAUACGCCUCAGGUUCCUAUUGUCUGAAGGAGCUCGACGGCACCGUCCUCAAAGAGGCGGUCACAGCUAAUCGUGUCAAGCUUUUUUAUUACAGG